AUGUGCCACGUAUCCACUGCGCUGUGGCAGGAGGCGCUGCACCAUCGCAACUCGCUGUGGCUCGAUUUGUUGACGGACCGCCAUCCGACUACAAACAAGAAGAUGGGCAUGUCUAACUCGUGGGGUGUUCCGACGGAAGUCGGGAUGAGCCAAAAGGUCGUGAUAUGGCUAAACUACGCGUACACUGCCUUCCCAGACGUGCCGUACUUGAUGAAGGGCGAUGACGACAUGUACCUGAAGGUACCGCAGUACCUCAGCGACCUACGCUACACGCAACAGGGUGAGUGGGGGAGACCGCGUAGCUUGAUGGCGACCAUUCCGCACGGCGACGUUAUACCGGCGACGCUGGGCAUCGAUGGCACGAUGGAUUGCCUGUAUCGAGUGUGGCGGCUGCACUACGGUGACAUCAUAUAUGGCAACGGGGUGGGCUACAUUCUGGACCGACGCCUCGUACAAGCUGCGCUGAACCCAUUUGAUAGCAGCAAUGCUCUUCUGCUCAAGCUGUUGACCGAGCCGUACAAUUCCAGCCUGCACAACGAAUACCUCAGCUUGAUCAUGCAGUAUGAAGAUGUGCUUGUGGGGAAACAGGUGAAAGAUCACCUCGGGGCUGUGAGGCAGUUGUGCCCGGGGCGGCGCGUGUGCUACAUGGCGGACAGGAGGUCCCGGGCACACCAGAUUCUGCGACCAGUAGCUUCCAGACUCACAUGGAACUCGGUGAUGACGCACUUUGGAAUGCCAGCGAUACCCUACUAUGUCCACUACUUCCACAAGAACGAGCUCAAGGUGGCAGAGGAGGCUAAGCGCCUGAUUGAGCGGGGGUUCGACGUGAAUGCAAUUGAGGCGAAUGCUACAAAGUGCAUGGAAGACUGGGUGACCUCGCAGGUACCGAAGACCCUGGUGGGCCUGGGAAGCGUACUCGAUCUGAGCUGGGUACGCGGCAAGCCACGCACCACGUAUGUUGUGGCCGAGGAGGACGACGUCGCGGUGUAUGAUGUUCGGUACAAACGCGCCAAAGCGCACAUUGCCAAGUGUAUCUGGGUGUCGGGCUAG